GGAAAAUUGAACUGAAGAAUACGUCCAGGUUGACUCGUUGUACACUCUACCUUUCUUUGUCUUCUUCUUCUUCUUCUUCUUCUUGUAACUAUCAUUCCUUCCAUUCUGUUUAUCUCCCUCGAAGGGAGUCCCGAAACCGCAGAAAAUGGUUCACGAUGAGAAACCCGUAGUGGAAGAAUUACUUCGGGCCUUGACCUUAGAGGAAAAGGUCUCCCUGCUGGCCGGGAAAAACAUGUGGGAAACAGCAAACGUCGACAGGCUGGGAAUUCCUAGUUUGAAGAUGACGGAUGGGCCAGCUGGAGCGAGAGGGUCAAAAUGGACAUACGGUUCACUGACAACUUUCAUUCCUUGUGGCAUCUCGUUGGCGGCCACAUUUGAUCCGGAGUUGGUCCAGAAAGUGGGCAGCGUCCUAGGAGAGGAAACACGACGCAAGCACUGCCAGGUCCUCCUAGCUCCAACAAUGAAUUUGUCACGAUCGCCCCUAGGUGGUCGUAACUUCGAGGGCUACGGCGAGGACCCGUUUUUAAUUGGAAAAGUGUCAACUGCGAUUAUUCGGGGUAUUCAAAGCGAAGGUGCCGCGGCAUGCAUGAAGCACUUCAUCGCGAAUGAUACCGAAACACGACGGUUUAAUGUGGACCAAACAAUUGACGAGCGUACUCUUCGCGAAGUAUAUAUGAAACCGUUUGUGAUGGCUCUUGAUGCGAACCCAUUGACUGCCAUGGUGAGCUAUCCAAAAAUAAACGGAUAUCACGCCGACCUAAGCCCUUCCAUCCUGAAGCCGCUUUUGCGUGAAGAAUUGCAAUUUGAUCGGAUAGUCAUGAGUGACUGGGGUGGAUUGAACAGCACCGUUGAGAGCCUGAUCGCCACUACUGACUUGGAAAUGCCGGGACCACCGGUGCGACGUGGGGACAAGCUCCUCGCUGCCAUAGCACAAGGCCAGGUAGACGUCGCCAAACACGUUGAUCCCAGUGUGAGACGAAUCUUGGAGCUACUGGAACGGGUCGGUCUACUGUCCCAGUCAUCCCCCGGUGGCGCUCUGAAGGGCGAUGAGACUGAAUCUGAGAAAGCUCCGGACGACCCGACCUUUCAUCGGAUCGCUCGGGAGGCCGCACAGGAUGGCCUCGUGCUUCUUAAGAAUGAAGGUAUAUUACCACUCAAACCCUCCGCUCUACAAAAGAUUGCUAUUUUGGGCCCCAAUGCCCGCCGUCCAACCGCGGGAGGUGCGGGGAGUGCCGCUGUCAAUCCAUUCUACAUCACCACCCCCGAAGAAUGCAUUACAACGGCCAUCCGACAAGCCAAUCCACAGACGGAAAUUGUUUAUGAACCUGGUAUUCCGUUCAGUCUUCGCCCACCGCUACUAGGUGCCACGCUCACCACACCGGACGGCUCACGGCAGGGUCUUGAGGUGACUUUCUACGCCGGACAUGAAUUCCAGGGACCCGCAGUAGCAACCAGCUACUGGGAUGACUCCCUGGUAUAUCUCUUCAGUGAUGGUGAUGUGCCGGAGUCGCUCAAGGGUACCGCCUACUGCUACCAGACAUCUGGCAUUGUGACACCCCAGGUAUCGGGUUGGUAUACCUGGAGUGUGGCUAAUACGGGCAAGGCCAAGCUGUUCAUCAACGAUGAAAUGAUUAUUGAUAACUCGGAGUGGUCACGGAUAACCGGAGGCUUCCUAGGAUGCUCCAGUGAAGAUCGAACUAUUCGGAUGCCCUUAGAAGCAGGGAAAACAUAUCGUCUGCGGGUGGAUAAUGUAGUGACACUACCACCGAUCGAAUCGUUUGAUAAUACUCUCUUUCCGAAUGUCUCAGGCCUGCGGGUUGGUCUUGCACUAGAACAAGAUGAGCGAGCAAUGCUGGACCGCGCUGUGGAUUGCGCCAGGUCAUCCGAUGUAGCUGUCCUUGUCGUCGGUCACAAUAAGGACUCGGAAGGUGAAGGCGGCGAUCGCAUCAACAUGGAAUUGCCAAGCCAGACAGAUGCCCUUGUGCAGGCAGCAGCCAGCGCAGUAACAAUGCCGUGGGUAAAUCAAGCACGCGCUAUUGUCAUGGCCUGGUACCAGGGUCAGGAGAACGGGAAUGCCUUGGCAGAUGCCCUUCUAGGUCAUUGCAACUUCUCCGGUAAAACUCCUAUCACCUUUCCUCGCCAGUUGGAGGACCACGGGUCUCAUGCAUGGUUUCCCGGGCAGGCAGCCAACGACUCCUGCGAGUUUGGGGAGCAGGUGUUGGUUGGGUAUCGUCACUUUGAUAAGCACGGUAUCAAGCCUCUUUGGCCGUUUGGAUAUGGAUUGUCCUACACGCGCUUUGAGGUCAGUGAUAUUCGCCUUGAGGGGAACAUGACCACUACGACAUCCUCCACCAUUUCGGUCCAUGCUCGCAUCUCCAACGUUGGUGAUCAAGGUGGGUCCGAGGUAGUCCAGGUGUACGUCAGUCCGUCUGAGCAGAUCGAAAAGACAGGGCUGGUCACUUAUGAAAAGACGCUUGCUGGAUUUUCCAAGGUAUUUGUACCUGUCGGAGAAACAAAAGAUGUUACUAUUCAGAUUGGCAAGGAAGAACUGCGUUGGUAUGAUGAGAAGUCUCAUUCAUGGCAGAUAGACCCAGGCAGGUACCGCUGUUUCAUUGGUACCAGUGCGGUGGAUAUUCACAGCGAACUGGAAUUCCAUGUGCCUUACAACAUGGACCCUUCGUCGAGUCCCUCCUCCACUCUACCUCCUUCUGUCCCCGUUGCCUGUUUGAACUGUCGCGAAAAACAUCUCAAGUGCGAUGGUAAUCUCACAGGAUGUACCCGGUGCAAGGACCUGAGUCUCUAUUGCCACUUUGUCCCGAGUCGCCGAGGGAGACGAGGACGGCCUUGGCCCUAUUCAAGUGCAAUGGGAGACUACCCUCCACUACCCGUUGAGCCCACUGGCAAUGCAAUGAUGACCCCUUUCGAUUCUUUAGCAUGUGCUGCUUCACAAGGGGAGGCCAUCUGUUCUUCGCUUCCCCCGCCGAUCGACAACCAACUGGUUACGUUGUUUUUCCUCCAUUUUCAUCAAGCGCACCCAUUCCUUCCACCUCGCGACGCAUUCCUGCAUUCUUCUCCCCCCGGCUACCUGCUGGAUGUGGUACAGUUCAUCAGCUUGCAUUACCUCCCUGCCAGUAAUGUUCCGGACCAUACCCAUCAGCUUGGGGCGGCCGUUCAGGAGGCAGACGCCAGCCUUGAGAAGGUCCAAGCCCUUUUGCUCCUAUCGAUUAUCAUGCAUGCACGAACACAGCCGCGAGAGGCAAAGGAAUGCCUGGGACAGGCGAUUGCCUUGAGUGUGGAUCUUGGGCUUCACUGCCGGGAAUUUUCUGAAGCUUUGGAGAUCCAAAAUCCUAUGAGGGCGGAGAGUGCUCGGCGUACGUGGUGGGAGAUCUUCAUUAUUGACACCCUUCUCGCGGCUGUACAAGUCGAUGGUGCUUUACAGUUAACAAUAGAGACACCCGAUCUUCCCUUGCCUUGUGAAAUGGACGAAUAUCAGGAUGGGCGCUUGGGUAUCGUUCCAACCUCACUUCGUGAUAUGGAUCGUCAAACCCUUUUUCACAAUGAUAGCGAUUUCUCAUCCGCGGCGUACAGAGUCGAGGCAGCAACGAUACUUCGAAAGUGCCUGAUCGCGAGCGGGAAUCAUGUGUCCCAUGAAACUAUCAAUAUUCUCGAUGUCACCAUCUCGGCCUGGUUUCACCGAUUGCCCAGCCGCAAGCAAGCUAUGUUGCAUCAUAAUGGUGACGUGGAUCAAAUGAUCUUCCAAUCUUUCGUGAUAAUGCACUGCGCCUCAAUAUACUUACACUUUCCGAAAUCGUAUCUCCUCGCCUUUCUACCAGUGACCAGUCACAUCUUUUGUUCUCGACCCCCCACCUUCGCGUCGAGCUCAACUAACCCCCAAAUACACACCGCCAAAGUAUAUGGUGCGGCGGUCAACCUAUCCAAACUUGCCUCCUUAACGACAGCUGUGACUAGCCAUAGCCCCUUCUUCGUCUGCACGCUAGUCCUAAGCUCCAUCGUCCAACUCGCUAUCUUUACCGCUGAUCCACAGCAGUCGACUCGCACAGGCCGCAACUUUCUAGCGCUAAAUAUCGGCGUCCUCAAAUCCAUGGGGCAUGUGUGGGCGAUUGCGGCGGCUUCGAUGUCACGGAUCCGCGAUGUAGCUGUCGAGGUUGAGUCGGCGCUUGCUAGAGAGAGCAGAGAACUGUUACAUGAUCAGUUAACCCAGUCCGUUUUAGUCGACUCACAGGAUCUGGAUCUAACACUUUUAUAACGCGUACUCCAUCUUCGUAUCCCGCCCCAUGGAAACAAAUAGGUGUAAUUCCGGCCUAUUUUAAUGUCUCGGUGCAAAUGCCAUGUCUGCAAGCAAGCUAGAAACUUUGAAGUAUCACCGUCACAGGCCUUAUGUACUGUACGCUACGAUCAUAGGCAUGUAUAGCUGCCAUGUAUAUACGCCUGCGUCAUCAUAUUCCAUCCUGGACGAGCCAGAUAUCGUUUUAAGUAGCACCAAAAUGUGCAUGUCAUCAUGGAAGGUUUAAAGUUAAGCCAGCUCUCAUUGAGAUAGAUCGUUCGCCAUGGGGCUAAG